AUGAGACCUCAAACAGGUAAACCAAAGUUGGCAACUAAUGAAUAUACAAAAGAGAUUGAGUUUCUAAAAUAAUAGAAGGUAAUAGCAUAUGGUGGUGAUCCAUCAAAUUUACCUUAGAUAUUUUAGAAAAAUCCUGCAUUUUUGGUAUUGGAUGAAUUACAGGCCGAAUUAUUUAAUGCAAGAUGUCAUGAUACAGGUGAAACAGUUUCAAUAGAGAGAGUAUAAAUAAAUAUUAAUUUAUAGGCAAAAAUAUUUAAAGAGGAAUUUAAUAAGAUUAAUUCUAAAAAGUUUCCUGAUGUAUUGAAUUUAUAUUCAAUGAGAUUAGGAGUUACAACUUUGAUUGCAUUAGCAAAUUAAAAACCAGGGUAAACAACAAUAAAUUUAGCAGAUAAUACAUUGGGUGAUUAUGCAGUUCAUGCUAUAAAGACUUUAUUAGGAAAUUCAUAGAUAAAGAAUUUGAAUUUAGCUUCGAAUAUGAUAAGUCAUAUAGGAUUAGGAUAGAUAAUAGAUGAUUUAUGCAAGAAUUAGACAUUGAAAUCUUUAGAUUUAGGAGUAUUGGAAGGGAGUAUAAGAAAAAAUGCAUUAGGUUUUGAAGGAGCUAAACAUAUAGCUUAGUUAUUAUUAUCAAAUAAAAAGAUUGAAACAUUAAAACUAUAGGAUAAUGUAAUAACAACAGCAGGUGGAGAAUUCAUAGGUUAAGCAUUGAAAACUAAUUAGAGCAUAAAACAUUUAAAGAUAGCAGAAAAUGAUUUAAAGAUAGCAGGAAUAGAAACAAUUUUAUUGAAUGGAUAAAAUUUGNUAAUUAGAUUAGAUGUUUAUAUAUUUUAAAUAAUAUUAAAAGUCUAUCAAAAUUAGUAAUUUUGUAUUUAAAUUUGUAAUAUAAAACAAAGAACUUAGAGAUUGAUCUUAAAGAUUGAUCUUAAUUAGAAUGAAGUCUAUAGAAUUAAAAUCUAUAUUAAGAUGAGGUGA